UUUGCAGCCCUGGCCGACUGUGAGAAAAAACGUUUGUGCUAUUGCAAACGUUUGUAAUUAUUUUUGUAAGAAAAACGUAAAAAUCCACCGAAAACCCAAUUGAAGGUCACAUAAAUGCACCAGAAUUGCAAGCCAAGACGUUGGACACAAAGAGUGCAAUAACGUUGCAUAUAGGCUGCUAAAAAUUACUGGUGAAUCAGCAGCCAUAGACAGGGAAGGCAACAAUAGCGUCAGCAGACUUCAACCUCAUAUUAAUAUCAUCUAUCUACACACAAAUUCCAAACGCAAAAUGGUCAAUUCAUCUGGCAGCGAAGAUGGACAGUUGCGCAGUCCCAACGACGGACACUAUAUCAGUGGCGAUGAUGAGGAGCACGAUGCGGAUGCUCUGUAUAUACAACCGCCACAGGCAGCGAGCAGUCAAGGACGAGAUGCGGCAAGUACGCGCCGUGAGAAGAAGAAACAUUCCCGCGAUCGUCGGCACAAGGAGCGCAACAGCUUAGAGAGCGUCGAACGGGAGAGAGAGCGACGGGAGCGGGAACGCGAUCGCUUUGAAUAUCGAACGAGAGAUGAUCUGGAGCAGCGUUAUCAUCAUCAGCAUCAGCAUCGGAGUGAGCGUUCCAAGCAGCAUCAGCAUUUAAGCCAUGCCUAUCAUUAUCAGCAACAGCUGCCACUGCCACCACCGCCAGCACAAAGCUAUGCCCAUCCACAUCCACAUGCACAUCAGCAUCAUCAUCACCAUCAGCAGCAGCAUCAUCAUCAAGAACAACUCAUCGGCUUAUCCCGUAGCGGAUCACGUGCCGAUUAUUAUCACAGCAGUCGGCAUGCUGAUUAUGCGGAUGUGGAGCAGCCGCCACGUCGUGCCAGUAAACAUGGCUACGAGCAGGCCAAGGAAUCUGAGAGUCUGGAACAGGAUCUGCGCUCGCGUCUGCUGAGCAAGCGCCACAAAUACGUCAAGGACUAUGAGACGGAGGAGAACUACGAGCAACAGCAGCCGUCGCUGUCGCAGUCACAUAGUCGCCGCAAGGAAUCACGUGAAUCACGACGUGGCAGUCACAGUCACAAGUUGCGUCAUGGUCAGGUUAUUGAGCUGCUGGACAGUCCCGAGUCGGCGUCGGCGGCGACGGCGACGACACAACAACAUCAGCGUAGUAAGCAACAAAGACGCGCCGAAGCGGAAGCGGCAGCUGCAAUUGCAGCACAGCAACAACAACGUCGCCACAAUUUCAAUGAUCCUGAAUUGCUGGCGAGACGUGAGAAAAUCUUGGCUGCUGAGCGGGAGAAUCGACAUCGCAAGCAAAUUGCACGCGAAGAGCUGGAGGCACGACGGGAGCAACUGCUGCGAGAGCGUAACGAACACAGUGAUGCACUCAGUCCCACGGCGGUGGCGGCCAGUGUGACAGCCGGUCUCAAUAUAGUCAAGCGCAAGCAGAAAGUCAACUUGGAGGAUGCGCAUUACGAGCGUCGCAAGCGCAGCAAGCCGUCAAGUGACGAGGUGAAGCAACAGUCCAGCAAACAGAAUGAUAAUGAAAGCGAGGCAACCGAGGAGGAAAGUGAAUCCGAAGAGGAUGAGGAUGAGGGGGAGAGUGCAGAAACUGGCAGUGAUUCAGCAGAGAGCGAGGAGAGUCAACCACAAAAGAAGGAACGCAGCAAGCGGAAGCACAAGCAACCGGACGAAGAUGAAGAAGAUGUUCCCCUACCCGAUAGUCCAUUAAGUGUAGGAGCACUCUACAAAUCACCCAAGCAACGGCCACGCUCCGUCAGCUCCAAGAGCUCACAGCACAGUCAGAGCAGCGGGAGCAGCAAUAGCAAUAGUCGCCACAGUAGUCACAGUCGCAGUAGUCGCAGUCGCUCGCAUUCCCGCUCUCGUUCCCGUUCCCGGUCACCUGCCAGCAGCGGGGAGGAGCGACAACGUUCGAGGAGCAGCAGCACACGCAGCGAGGAGCGGGGCAUGGCACAGCAGCAGCUGCAGCAACAACAACAACAACAACAGCAGCAGCAACAGCAGGUAGACCUGGAGAAGCUGUCCAAGGCAACUGUUGAGGAAUUGCCGCCCUGUGAUGACAAGGGCAUUCCCUUGCCCAACUAUUAUCCAGGUGUCCAAGGCUGUCGUUCGGUGGAGGAGUUCCAAUGUCUCAAUCGCAUCGAGGAAGGCACCUACGGCGUCGUCUAUCGCGCCAAGGACAAACGCACCAACGAAAUUGUCGCUCUCAAGCGUCUCAAAAUGGAAAAGGAAAAGGAAGGUUUUCCCAUCACAUCGCUACGUGAGAUUAACACCCUGCUGAAGGGACAACAUCCAAAUAUUGUAACUGUGCGUGAAAUUGUCGUUGGCUCCAACAUGGAUAAGAUAUUCAUAGUGAUGGAUUAUGUGGAGCAUGAUUUGAAAUCGCUAAUGGAGACCAUGAAGCAGCGCAAACAGAGUUUCUUUCCGGGUGAGGUCAAGUGUCUCACCCAACAGCUGUUGCUCGCUGUGGCGCAUUUACAUGACAAUUGGAUACUACAUCGUGACCUGAAGACCUCCAAUCUGUUGCUCUCUCACAAGGGCAUACUCAAAGUCGGUGAUUUUGGUUUGGCCCGCGAAUACGGCUCGCCAUUGAAGAAGUACACCUCGUUGGUGGUCACAUUGUGGUAUCGGGCACCGGAACUUUUGCUCUGCUCCCCAGAAUACUCGACACCCAUUGAUGUGUGGUCCGUGGGCUGCAUCUUUGCCGAAUUUCUACAAAUGGGGCCAAUUUUUCCGGGCAAAUCCGAAAUCGAUGAGCUUAAUCGUAUAUUUAAGGAACUCGGCACACCCAACGAAAAAAUCUGGCCAGGAUACCUGGAACUGCCGGCUGUGAAGAAUAUGUUGAGCCAAAACUCACAGUUUACAGAUUAUCCGGUGUCGCAGCUCCGCAAGCAUUUCCAGGACAAAACCUCUGACGCGGGUCUGGCGCUGUUGCAGGGCCUGCUUACGUACGAUCCGAAACAAAGACUGACGGCUGAUGCGGCCCUUAAGCAUGCCUACUUUAAGGAGCUGCCACUACCCAUCGAUCCAUCCAUGUUCCCCACUUGGCCGGCCAAGAGUGAGCUGGGCGCACGCAAGGCGCAAGCUUCAUCUCCAAAGCCACCUUCAGGUGGCUCACAAUUCAAGCAGCUGGGACGUGAUGAGCCCAUGCCAACAGCUACAACAGCAGGUGGUGUUGGUGGUGCUAAGCUCGCGUCGGGCAUUAUUACGGGUAACAAGAAAAGCGGUGCAUCGGCGGCCAGUACAGGAUUUGUGCUUAAUGCUGGGUUAACCCAACGUCAAAUGGCCAUGGGACCGGGCUUCAGUCUGAAGUUCUGAGACAGAAUUGUGUGUGUGUUUACAGAUUUUUCUAGCCAAUUCGCGUAAUUGUUAUGUAUAGUUUAGCAUGUAAGUUACAAAAAAA